UGCUAAAGGCAGUCACCAGAAACGUUUUCAUUUAGUCUUGCUGUAACAAAUGAGAGCCUAAGGGAUUAGGAAAGGAAAAUGGGGAUGGGUCUCUUGGCCAUCUAGCCAAGGCUGAAUAGUCAUAGCUGGGCAGGGCACCUUUUGCUGAUAUGAGAGCAAGUUAGAUUCUGCCAAACCUUUUAAAAAGGCAAGAGGAGGCCUGCACGCCCCGGUCCCCGGCGGAGAUGGCGUGCGCCUCCGUGCGGUCCCUGGCUGAGCAGGACAGGUUCAUCUGCAUCUACCCCACGUACCUGAACAACAAGAAGACCAUCGCCGAGGGCCGGCGCAUCCCCAUCAGCAAGGCUGUUGAAAAUCCUACAGCUACUGAGAUUCAAGAUGUGUGCUCAGCAGUCGGACUUAAUGUAUUCCUUGAGAAAAAUAAAAUGUACUCUAGAGAGUGGAAUUGUGAUGUUCAGUACAGGGGCAGAGUCUGGGUCCAACUCAAGCAGGAAGACGGCAGCCUCUGUUUCGUACAGUUCCCAUCACGUAAGUCAGUAAUGUAUGCAGCAGAAAUGAUACCUAAACUAAAAACAAGGACACAAAAAACAGGAGGUGGGGACCAAAGUCUUCAGCAAGGAGAGGGAAGUAAAAAAGGAAAAGGAAAGAAGAAGUGACCGCGUAUGGGAGCCACGUCUGGUACUACUGAGAGAGACCAUGAACGAAGGCUUCUAAUUCAAGAGAAACAGAAGCUUUUUAUUUGCAUCAUUUAACCGAACUAUGGACAUCUCUGCCUCUCAGCUUCAGCAUCAGAGUUGACAGUGAAGUAAAUUUGCAUCAGAACUUUGCAUCUAGCUCUUACGCAGUAUAAAAGAAAAUUUUGUUUGCUUUUCAACACAGUUUUUGUGGAAGAAAGAAGCAUAUUUUUAAAUGGACAGUGAACUCUACCAUAAGUUACUUGAAAUCCUGUAUCUGUCCUGUGUGUAAACAUGUUUUAGAUAAAUGAGUUUAAUUAAAGAUUCGAAAUGCACAUUUUCUUCAACGUCUAGUUAAUGAAAUAAAAUUUGAAACUGGAAAAAAAAUAAAAAGGCAAGAGGAGCCCUCUGGAUAUAGGCAACACUGGUUCAAGUGUUAGCUUCUAGAAAUGUCUGUUAUCUAGAAAUUUUUGCAACACUUUGGGUUCUGUGAUCUACAGGGAUGGCUCAUAAAGGACUGCAGAGUCCUUUCUAUCACAUAGCAUCUCAGCCUUGUGAAACAAGCAUUUUUGGAACUUGUACUUGACUCUAGUUCUGCUUCUGAGGUCACUGAGACAGGUAAAUCCCAUUUGUAGGGGCUUAUAAUGCCAUGCUCGCGUGUGUCAGAAUCAAAGCAACUUUUGUGGUCAACAUUUUUAUUCUUCAGAUGGGAUUUUUUUCUUUUAUCUCUCUAGGAAGAAAAAGUAGAGGAAGCUUAUAAAAGAAAGAUAAUUUGUGCAGGUGGAAAAAGAAAGUACAAAAGACUUAAUAUCCAAAUGUCAUUGUUUCCUACUCCUGUUAGUCCAAGAUAGUUCCUCCUAAGCCUGUUCUGCAACUCCAGUUACCUUUUCUUUGAUAAAAAAUCUUCAUGGCUGAAAUCAGUAUUAAUGAUCCAUAUAGUUAGAGGUAAGAUUCCAAGAUGAUUCUUUGUAUGGAAUUUUUUUUUUUUUGGUAUAGAUUUUUUUUUUUUUUAAAUAGUGCAUAGAUUUUUCUUUUCACUGGGAAGUAAUUUAAUGAAGAAUUUUUUUUAAUUUAUUUUUAUUUUUUUUAUUUUUUUUUGAAGAAUUUUUUUUUAAAUAAAAAAACAGACUGUAGAACAAUCUCUGCUAUAUUUCAGACUGUAGGAUUUUUAUUCAACAAAAGAGUUGUUGAGAGUGACACAUCUUUGA